CAUAAUUCACCAACUACUUUCAAGUUUCAACUCUGCAUCUAAUUUCAUUCCCAAUUCGAAACCCUAACAUUUUCUAAAUUCCCAAAACUCCGAUUCAAUGGCACCAAAGGGAGAGAAGAAGCCAGCGGAGAAGAAACCCGCAGAGGAGAAGAAGUCGACCGUAGCAGAGAAGGCUCCCGCUGAGAAGAAGCCAAAGGCAGGAAAGAAGCUGCCAAAGGACGGUGGUUCAGCCGCAGCAGGAGAGAAGAAGAAGAAGAGAAAUAAGAAGAGCGUAGAAACAUACAAGAUCUACAUCUUCAAAGUUCUGAAACAAGUUCACCCUGACAUUGGUAUCUCAAGCAAAGCCAUGGGUAUAAUGAACAGUUUCAUAAAUGAUAUAUUCGAGAAACUCGCACAAGAAUCAUCAAGACUUGCAAGGUACAACAAGAAGCCAACAAUCACUUCUAGGGAAAUUCAGACUGCUGUUAGACUUGUUCUUCCCGGUGAAUUGGCUAAGCAUGCUGUUUCUGAGGGUACCAAAGCUGUUACUAAGUUCACAAGAGAGAAGAAGCCAGCGGAGAAGAAACCCGCAGAGGAGAAGAAGUCCACCGUAGCAGAGAAGGCUCCCGCUGAGAAGAAGCCAAAGGCUGGAAAGAAGCUGCCAAAGGACGGUGGUUCAGCGGCAGCAGGAGAGAAGAAGAAGAAGAGAAACAAGAAGAGCGUAGAAACAUACAAGAUCUACAUCUUCAAAGUUCUGAAACAAGUUCACCCUGACAUUGGUAUCUCAAGUAAAGCAAUGGGAAUAAUGAACAGUUUCAUAAAUGAUAUAUUUGAGAAACUCGCACAAGAAUCAUCAAGACUUGCAAGGUACAACAAGAAGCCAACAAUCACUUCUAGGGAAAUUCAAACUGCUGUUAGACUUGUUCUUCCCGGUGAAUUGGCUAAGCAUGCUGUUUCUGAAGGAACCAAAGCUGUUACCAAGUUCACAAGUUCUUAGACUAUUUCUUGAAGUGUUGUUAUUGGGUUACUAUAUCUGUUUAGGCGCAAUUAGGCUUCUUUGUUUUUAGAUUUAUUAAUUUUCUAAGUUGUAAUGACCUAAUUGGAUUUGUUGAUCCUUUUGUGUAUGGAAGUACUUUAAUCAAUGAUAUUGGACUUCAAAA